AGACGCCCUUGAAAAUACUGAAGUUCCUGUUGGCUGUCUUAUGGUCUACAACAAUGAAAUCGUGGGGAAGGGAAGAAAUGAAGUGAAUCAAACCAAAAAUGCUACUCGACAUGCAGAAAUGGUGGCCAUUGAUCAAGUCCUAGAUUGGUGUCAACGAAAUGGCCAGAGUCCUUCUGCCGUGUUUGAACGUACCGUGCUGUAUGUCACUGUGGAGCCGUGCAUUAUGUGUGCAGCUGCUCUCCGCCUGAUGAAAAUCCCGCUGGUCGUCUACGGCUGUCAGAAUGAACGAUUUGGUGGCUGUGGCUCCGUUCUAAAUGUUGCCUCUGCUGACUUACCAAAUACGGGAAAACCAUUUCAGUGCAUCCCUGGAUAUCGGGCUGAGGAAGCUGUGGAACUGUUAAAGGCCUUCUACAAGCAAGAAAAUCCUAAUGCACCAAAAUCAAAAGUUCGGAAGAAGGAAUGUCAGAAAUCCUGAACUUGUAAUGAAAGACAAAAGCCCCACGGUGACCUGGAUGGAAUCCCCAGCCUGAAAAGCUGCUGGCAUGGAGGGAGCAUAUAGUAUGUGUUGUUUGUUAUUCUCCGGGAAGACGGAGAAUAACAUUUGCUCUCUUAAGGGAACAAAUUAGUGCUUUUUAAAAGGCUGACAAUUGUAAACAACUAUUAGCUUCUCCACAGCUGAAAGAACAUUUUUAUGAAGGGGGGGAAAAACUAAAGUUUGAGGUUUUAGGAAUUAGCAAACAGUACAUGUCUUUAAGCCACAGCUUCAUUCCAGCUGAGUGUAGGCUGGGAUUUCAGAGUGUCCAUGCACACCCCGUCACCUGCACUCAUUUGGACUAGAAAGCCAUGGUCACGUGUGUCCUUUACAACUGGCUUUUUGGAGGUGGAGUUGGAUUUUCAUUCUUUAUAGCUGUUGUGGUCUCCCAGUGUAUUGGCUGCAUGAGUGUGAGUGUGUUUGUGUGUGUGUUGGCUUUAGGGCUUGAACUCAGAUGUCACUCUCUGGCUUUUUCGCUCAAACUUGUGUCACACCUCCAGUCCUAGCUUUAUGUUGGUUAACUGCAGAUGAGUCUCAUGGACUUUUCCCCCCAGCCUGGCUUCAAACUCUGACCCUCCGAUCUCAGCAUUUUUUAGUCGCUAGGAUUCAGGUGUUAGCCACCAGUGCUGGGCAAGUCUGGCUUUUUUCUACACUGUAUAUUAUUUGUAUACACUGUAUACAUGUGACUAUGAAAUCUAUUGAUUUUAUUAAAUACAUAGAAAAAUGCUUUUAAA